GAAAUGUGCAUUAUAUACAUAAAGACCACCAUUUUCGAUACUACAAUUUCUUCUAUCAUGAUGAUGGUGGAUGCCAUUGUUUUUGCUGUUAUUAAGAAGAUGAUGAACUUCAACCGUCUGACAAAAUGGGUUGCUGUAAUGCCUUGAGAACCUUUUCAAGAUUGUUUAGGUUAAAUCAACCGUUGACUAUUCUACAUCGAAACUUUGGACAACCUGUGGCUCAAACACAUCCUCAUCUUCUCAAACAAGGGGAGGUCACUCCAUUUGUGACAAAGGAAGAAUACAGUAAUAGGCGUCACAAUGUGUUUAAACUUGCCCUGGAUCAGUUUGAAGGAUGUAACAAUGUGAAGGAGCACAUCAUGAUCUUCCCAUCAGCAAGUAGACUUUAUAUGACCAUUCCAAUCCCAUACCCCUUCAGACAGAACACAGACUUCCUCUACCUCAGUGGCUUCCAGGAAGCAGACAGUGUUCUGAUCCUUCACAACAGUCAAAAUGUCCCUGUCUCAAAUAGCACCCCAAACAGCACCCCCAACUCCCGCAGUGGAAUGACUUCUGUGCUUUUUGUACCUAGGAAGGACCCCUAUGCUGAGCUUUGGGAGGGGGAACGAUCUGGCCGAGAGGGGGCAGAGGAAAUCACGGGAGUGGAUGGGGCUUACAACACAGAGGAUUUGCGACACUUUUUACAGGAUUAUAGUAAGGAACACUCUGAUUAUGUGAUAUGGUAUGAUGCAGAAGGUAAGGUUCAUCCACAGCUGCAUGGGGCGGGGAUUGAGGACUUCAUCCUUCAGGGCAAACAGAAGUGUGUCGAGACCACUACACAGAAAAUACACCAAACCAGAGUCAUCAAGUCUCCCGCAGAGGCUCAGCUCAUGCUGAAAAGUGUAGAUAUUGCCUCCGAGUCACUGGAAGAGGUCAUGAGGUUCUCCUACCCCAUGGUGAACGAAUCGUAUCUCCAUGCAAAGAUGGAGUAUGAAUGUAAACUCCGAGAUGCUCAGAUGUUAGCCUAUCCACCUGUUGUAGCUGGUGGUCACCGUGGGAACACCAUACAUUAUACCAAGAACAAUCAAAUAGUGUCAGAGGGGGAAAUGGUACUGAUGGAUGCAGGGUGUGAAUACCAUGGCUUUUGCAGCGACCUCACCAGGACGUGGCCUGUCUCAGGUCGAUUCAGCCCUGUUCAGCGACGUCUGUACGAGAUGGUUCUGCGCAUCCAACUGAAAGUGAUCUCCCUUUGUACACCCCAAUUCAGUUUGGAGCAGAUAUAUGUAUACAUGCUUCAUUUAUUAGGAGAUGAACUUGUGUCUCUCGGCCUAAUGAAGCCCAAAGAUAAGACAACAGAUUUCUUCCAGGAACUUCGAGCGUUUUAUCCUCACCAUGUUGGCCACUACCUCGGGAUGGAUGUACAUGAUACUCCUACUAUGUCAAGAUAUACCAAGCUCCAGCCGGGCAUGAUCAUCGCCAUCGAACCAGGUGUCUAUAUUCCUAAGGAUCGCACCACUGUGCCGGAGGAGUACCGAGGAAUCGCCAUACGGAUAGAGGAUAAUUUGCUCAUCACAGACUCUGAGCCCAUCGUCUUGUCUGCGAACUGUGUGAAAGAUCCCGACCACAUUGAGGAGAUCAUGGCAUCCAAAUCCUGAAACUCUGUCGGACUGUUUAAUUUGUAAUUGUUACUCGAAUGGUCAGUGAUGCGACAGCUGUAUGGAGUCUCGUUCUCACUUUCAAAUUGAAUUUGUAAGCCACAGGAGAAUACCUCCAAACAAGGUUACUGUGGUGACAAUGGAAACAAAUAUCCAUACAACAAAGAAUGAAGAUAUUCAUUCUUGUACCGUUUGAAGGUUUUGGUUAGAGAUUUUAAAUGUGACAUGUGUUGAACCACUAGGAUUGUUUUCCAGAAUGAAUUUGUCUAUUGAUUUCAUCCACAUAUUGAAAUAAGAAAAUUUAACCAGAAAUAUAGAGGACAAAAAUUUGUGCUGAGAAUUUAAGCUGAAAUUUACUUUUGAAUGGAAAAUUUGAAUAUCCUCAAGAAGUAUGCAAAUAUGCAUGGCAACAGUGUAUUCCUCAAGUGAAGCCAUACUAUGUAAGGUAACAAACUCUGUGUACGGAGGUAAUAAUUUGUAAUGUCUCCUCCUGGGGUCAACAGUCUUGACACUCUUCCAAAUGAGUGAAAGAGAAAUUCUCCCUUACAAAGUUGUUAGGAAGUGGUUUGUAUUUUACCAGGAAGGACCUUGAAAGAACUACAGGAAAGAACUUGUCUUUGAGUUUUUACAGGGGUAACAUCAAUAAUUGUGGAGUAAGGCUUAGUAUUUUUAUCUAUAUUUUUCCGUGCCAAUGUAAGGUCUUGAGGUCAAUAUUUUUUUUAAUGUUUCUCCUAGGAGUUGAUCCAAAAGACCUCUGAUUAACUGUCUGAUGCACCAUCAACUGAGCUAAGGGAAAUUCUCCCUAGCUGAGUUUGUAGGAAGCAGCUAGUAUUUUACCAGGGUGACAUGGUAUCUUUCGUUUCCUGAUACAUCUAUCCAUUUCCAGAUUUAUGUCUAUGAAACGGAUCACCAGAUUUGGUUCUACAAGUAAACACUUCAAUCUGGAACUCUCUGCAAACUGGCCAAAUUAUGUGGUUCCAGGGGAGUCAAGAUUAGACAGAAUACGCUGUAUGAUCACAAACAAAUUUGACUGUUUAUUUUUAAUGCGAUUCCUAAUAAUAAAAAAGGCCGAUAUCUAAAAAAGAAUCACGGUUUGGUCUUCCUAUUGAGUUUAAUUUGUUUUGGUUGAACUGGUAUAGAGCACUGGACCAGUAAUCUGCAGAAACAGUGGGAAAUAAUCUGUGGUACUACAAAUUGCAACAGGAUACAGGACCCUGUGGAAUACACUUUCCCUAGUACAGUAUAACAUCUGUCCAACUCCAGAGCUGCAAACUGUGUUAAGGGAUAACAUUGAUAGAAUUUAAUUAAUUGCAGAGAAAUAAGCCAGGAAAACCAACCAAAGUGAUUCAUUUCAGGAGUCUUGGUGUCAGGUAAAUUAAUGAUGGGAAAGUAGCCCAAACUUGGUUUGUAGGAUGUGUCGGGUGGUGCAGUGUAUAGUGCACUUACCUUUCACCAAGGCGGCCGGGGUUCGAUUCCCCAAUCGGAUGUGAAAGGUUGGGGUCACCUGUCCGACCCCGUUGGUUUUCUACGGGUACUCCGGUUUCCUCCUACACUUAGACUCGAUCCCUCUCUGCACGCUAACAUCGGGGCCAACAUGAGUGAUUAAUAUGAGUUGUAAGAUAAAUAAAGUAUACAUUUUAUAUAGAAUGUGUCAUGAGAGUAAAAGCUGUCCUUCUGUGCAAAAUAUGUCAAUAAAUAUACAACUUAAACAAAAAAACAUGUGUCUUCCCAUUAGCAAAUAUGCAUAUUUGCAUUGCUCUUCUUUGACUUAGAGGUGAAGGUCAGUGACUCAAAUAGGAGAACGACUUGACCUCUUGAUCUACAUUCUAGAGGUCAGCCUUUAUUGGGAUAUGUACCUGUCAUUUUUUUCAGUUACAGCCUGUUGAACUAUUGAAAUAGUUGAAUUAGUGAAAUAAAAUAGACUACAUUUAUA